AUGAUCAACAUCACGUGACGUUGCCUCCCGAUUGUUUUGAAAUUCAGAGACAAUUUGUUCUGUAUUUAACAAUCGACUUCAAGGCGCACUGAUAACUAUUAACAAAAAUCAAAAUGAAGUACAUAUUGUGCAUCAGUGUUCUUUCGACUAUUUUACUGCAGGCUAUUGUGAAAAUUACAGGUUUUGGUGAUUUGUGUUAUUCUGGGUACCACCACUGCAGUGGAACGUCAUGGUGCUGUCCUAAUGGAUACGUCUGUACUGGGACUACAACAUGUCUCAGUACUGGACUAAUUGUUGGAAUUGUGAUUGGUUGCCUGGUUGGUGUUGGAAUCUUUAUUGGUGUGAUUUGUGCCUGUGUCAGGCAUCGUAACAAUGCCGGAACUCUUUUACAAACACAAGGUGGCGCACAUGUAGUUACAGCACAAUCUGGACAAACAUAUCCGCAAUCUGGACAAACAUAUCCACAAUCUGGACAAACAUAUCCACAAUCUGGAUACCCGGGAGCAUCGUAUCCACAACAACCAGGAUACCCUCAAGCGUACCCAGUUCCAAAAUACUGAAUUUCAGCCUGACAAAAUUUUAAGGAACUAUCCUACAAACAAACAUUUCAACAAACAAAGCUUUUUUGGAACAAAGUUUGCUGCUGUUAAACAUAAUAAUAUUCAAACUCAUCACUUGAAUUCUACAUACUGUAUCUAUAUCUGUAUGUUCAAUGUAUACAACUUAAAAUUACUGCUUUAUAGGUACUUUUAGCUGUACUAUGAUUAUGUUUUAUCGUCGGGUGUAAACUUCUAAUGCAACAAUCUGAACCACUGACUUGUUAACCCCGAUUUUCAUGCACACGAUGCAGGCAAGUAAACAAUAGAAGUAAUUUUGUAUGUAUGACUCUUUUUAUUUAACGAAUCGAUUUGAGUGUAACAUUUUUAUAUCUUUUUCUUGUCAUGAACAUUUUGAAAAUAGUAUUCUUGUUUUCAUAAUGACAGGAGCCGUGACGUUUUAGGGGUUUUUCACUAUGAUAGUGGUUUUGGCGUAUUUAGGGGUCUUCAUUUAUGAAUGGGGUCUUGGCGUAAGGGGUUUUUCAUUAUGCCAGUGGCGGGGACGUUUAAGGCUUAAGAACAUGCAGCUUUAUUUUCAAUGAUAGGGAAAUCAGUGAAAGAUGUUCAAAGCCAUCGUCUUGAUAUAAAUGAAGUAAUCAAAUUGAAAUAAGCAUCUGGUGCUGUAAAAUUAGAACCGUUAAUAUUAUUAGAUAUUAAUUCACUCGAAGACGAAGGACGAAUGGAAACCAAUGUAUGUCCGUGCUAACACACCUCGUGAUAUCAUAACUCGAUAGCAAUAACAGUAAAUGUAAAGUAUACGGUAAUGAGACAGCAACUACCCAAAUCGAAUAGACAUACAAUUUUCCAUCAUGGAUCUUUGUGUAUAACUUUGUGAAGUCAAGCCAAAACAUUUGUUGUCCAAGGGUUAUUACACUUUAACUGUUUAAAUUCUACAUUUUGGAGCACGUCUCAUGAUGACUAAAUAUUCUCUCUAAGUUGGCACACAUUUUGUUUCAAAAUAAUGAAGUUUUAUCCUUCUUAGUAGUCAAGUUAAAAUUUCACACACUGUUUCAUAUAAGAAAGUAAAUUUCCGUGAUAGUAUUCAAGGCAAUUUCUCAACAGUUUUUUCUUUUGUGUUUACAAGCAUUAGUUACUAGGUCACCGCAUGCCUUAAAACUCCCAAAAUAUAUUGUUAUGAAACAUUUUGUGCAGUGAAAUGUAGAAUUAAUUUCCUACAGCUGUAAAAUCCCAAUUGAUUAUUUUUUGGGGUCUUAUUUUAACAGGAUGUGAAGUACAUACGUUGGUAUUUUAAUUUGUUUUCUUACAGUUUCAUAUACAUGGGUAGUUAUAUUUCAAAGCUUUACAGAGUGCUUUCUACAUUUCAUUACUCGACAGGUGAAUCGUUGUAACUGACUGCAAGUAGCCUAAUACGGUAUAUAUUUUUUUAAAACAUGCUCAUUAUUGUUUCACCGUGGUUGAAUUUUAGAUUUUAUCCUUUUAUUUGAAAAGUUUAAAUACAGUACUAUUUUUAAUAUUGUUUUUUUCACAAUUAUCACUCGACGUCUUUAUUGAGAGGCAUCCUUAACGACAAAAAAGUAGUGCUAAUUUUAAGCGAAAGUUUUCCUUUUGAAAUUUCUGCUUUUAGUAAGCAUGAAUAAACUAUGAAUCAUUUGUUCGAGAGUUAAAUUACAUCUUUGAAAUUGACUUAUAUUUCGAAUUCAGACUGCAUUUUUGUCUCCCUAUGUAUCAUUUAACAGCUGAACCUUUAGAAAUUUUUUAAAACCAGUAAUUCUGGAGACAAAAAUACUGCUAUUAAACUUUGUGUAUACCUCUCUCUGUAUGAAUACAUUUUCCCACACUUUCACAAAUUAUUCACUAAUCUUUAUUGAUUCCAUAUUUCAUAUGUAAAAUUUUCCCACUGUAAUGCCUUUUUUCGAUGUUUCGACUUCUGUCAUAAUUAUUUUCUGUGCAUUGUUAUAUAUUAUGGGUACAUAUACAUUAAAUUAUCAAUCUAACAUAUAUUUAUGUAUAUUUCUAAUUAAAAAUGUAUUAUCAAUAA